AAUAAAGUCCUGAUUGCUAGGAGUAAACGGCGGUAUUGGGUGUGACCAUCCCAGAUAUUGAGUGAAAUAAAGACAGAAUUACUUUGCUAUUGUGAUAAAAGCUGAAGAAAAUAUCACAGUUUUUCAGAAGCUUAUAUGUCAACUGACAAUAAAUUGGACAUGUCUACCAAGAAAGAAUUAGUUGAGUACGCCAAGUUGGCCGAGCAGGCGGAGCGGUAUGAUGACAUGGCAUCUACCAUGAAAAAAGUAAUCACCGAAUCUACGGAGAAGCUACAGGUUGAAGAACGCAACCUUUUCUCUGUGGCCUACAAGAACAUUGCAGGUGCGAGGCGUUCUGCCUGGCGGGUCAUCUCCUCUAUGGAGCAGAAGCAUGAAGGACGAAAAAGGGAAUUGGCCUCCACAUUCAAGGAGAAGAUCGUAAAUGAAUUACUGGAUAUCUGUACUGAGGUAUUUGAACUCAUAGAAAAGUACUUGCUAACAAAAGUUUCGGAAACCGUGGAAGAGGAUGUGGAAGAUGUGGUAUUCUAUCGCAAAAUGCAAGGAGAUUAUCAUCGAUACGCUGCUGAGGUAUCCGAGGACGACCGGAAAGCUGAAGAGAUCAGAAAAGCCGGUGAAUCGUACGAAAAAGCCUCCAAAGUCGAUAUGGUCGCGACUGAUCCCGUUCGUCUAGGCCUUGCACUUAACUACUCGGUUUUCUUCUACGAGAUGAAGGGGGAGGUUAAAACAGCGUGCAAGCUUGCCAAAGAAAGCUUUGAUAAGGCAAUUGCCGAGCUCGACCACCUCACUGAAGAUUCCUACAAAGACUCGACGCUAAUCAUGCAACUACUUAGGGACAACCUGACGCUGUGGACAAGCGAGAAUGAAGCAGAAGAGGAGGCCGAUUAAGCUAACUAAAAAAAAAUGUUGUACACCUACAAAUAAUCCCAACUUUUUUGUAUCCGUUUUGGUAACAAGAAAGAUAAAUUCCUUUCAAAUAAUACAAGACACAAAAAAAAA